AUGACAGAGUUGAAAGAUGACCGCCGGUUUCACAUGCUAACACAAGAGCAGGUGGAGACUUUGGACCAGGUUCUUACAGAGGUCAUUCCCAUUCAUGGUAGGGGCAAUUUCCCAACCCUGGAAAUUAAGCCUAAGGAUAUCAUACAUGUGGUGAGAAACAGACUGAUUUUGAAGAACAUCAAGGUGAGAGAUGUCCGUCUCAAUGGCUCAACAGCCAGUCAUGUGCUGGUCAAAGAGAAUGGCACCAGCUAUAAAGACCUAGAUAUCAUCUUUGGUGUGGAGCUUCCAAAACAGGAGGACUUCCAGAUCAUCAAAGAGGUGGUUCUGGGCUGUCUGCUGGACUUUCUACCUAAAGGAGUCAACAAAGACAAAAUCACAGCUCUCACCAUGAAAGAGGCAUAUGUACAAAAAAUGGUCAAAGUGUUCAAUGAGUAUGACAGAUGGAGCCUUAUCUCUCUCUCAAAUAAUAGUGGGAAGAAUGUGGAGCUCAAGUUUGUGAACUCUCUACGACGACAGUUUGAAUUCAGUGUGGACUCCUUCCAGAUCAUUCUGGACAGCAUGCUACAAUCCUAUUUGGAGGCUGAUUCAGAUACACUGGCUUCAAACACUAAAGAGCCCUCACUGCCUCCAAAAGAGCUGCCUUGCAUUACAGUUAUGGCUGAGAGCAUGUAUGGUGACUUUGAGCAGGCUAUGGACCACCUGCGUUACAGGCUAAUCGCAACACGCAAUCCUGAAGAAAUCAGGGGCGGAGGCCUGCUCAAGUACAGCAAUCUGCUCGUCCGGGACUUCAAACCUGCCAGUGAAACUGAAAUUAAGACACUCGAGCGCUACAUGUGUUCGCGCUUUUUUAUUGACUUCCCUGACGUGAAUGAGCAGCAGCGUAAAAUUGAAUCAUACCUGCGCAACCAUUUCAUUGGAGAGGAGAAAAGCAAAUACGAUUACUUGAUGACACUUCGAAGAGUAGUCAAUGAGAGCACUGUGUGCCUGAUGGGACACGAGCGCCGUCAGACCCUCAACAUGAUAACCAUUCUAGCACUCAAAGUCCUGGGUGAGCAGAACAUCAUCCCAAAUGCAAACAAUGUAACAUGCUACUACCAGCCUGCACCAUACAUGGCAGACCACAACUUCAGCAACUAUUACAUUCCAAAUGGCCAGUCCCCACUUAUAUACCACCCCUAUCCCCUGCACAUACACAUGCAGACAGGACUGGUUUAGCUUUAUGUACGUAACAGAUGGAAAGGUGUACACAUGAGAAAUCUGCAACCUAAAAUGUCCACCAAAAACAAUCUAUCUUUGAGUAUGAGAAAACCUCCCAGUACUUCAUAAAAAAAAGAACAUUUUGAGUAUGGAACAAUCAGAUAAAGAAAAUAUAUCAGUCAAGAACUGCUAGUGGUAUUGGCUUUAAAUGCAAAUCUGGUGAAUAACAAGCUGUUGGAUUGAUAAUAUUUUAUUGUGGUAUUGGUACAUUUGACAGAUUGUGGGAAUUCCAUGUAAAAACAAUGAAGCCAUUGCACCAGCAGCUUGAAGAUUAGAAAAAACUAACAUGUUGAAACAACAGAAAACUGUUGAAAAAUGAGGGUGGACUAUGGAAAGAUCAAUGGUAGAAAAACAAUGAAAUUUAUUUUAAUAAAAAAUAAAACUAGUCAGAAGAAGCAAUUUGGCUAGGCCUGCUCAAGGUUGCUUGCAGAACAGGCCUGUUGUGAAAAUAUAUUUAAAACAUUAAAGUCAAACAGUGUUUUAAAAAUGUGGAUUACAAUUUUGAAUAAAUUACUUUUCGAUGAUGUCAUGCGUUAUUAGCAUGAAAAAUAAAAGUGCAAGAGACAUAAUCAGCAUGCAGCCAAUGCUUUAUGACCCAUUUAGGAAUUUUACAAUUAGACUAAUUGUGCCAUCAUAUUUUAC